UGGACACAGUCACUCGAGAUGCCAUGAUGAAAACCCAUGAGAGUAACACAGUGGUUCCUCUCUUUGUGACCAAAAUAAUAUGACUGGAUUAAUUACCAUCCACAGGCAACUAUAAUCUAACGCUCUUAUAAACUUUCUUAUUGGUAUUUUAUUUUCAGUAUUUAUUCAUUGAAAUCAAAAGCUCCUCUUUAUUGAAUACCCAUCAUCUUUUUCAGGCUUUCCUGCCAUUGUUGAGAAGGGCGGCAGCUGAAGGCAGUGACAUGGGAAUCCAGGGAGCCGCAGUGAUCAAUGUGUCGUCCAUCCUGGGAUCUGUGCAGCUCAACUGGGGCGAGGGGGCGAGCUGCAAGAGGUACGCAUACAGGGCAUCUAAGGAGUGCCUUGAAUAUGGUUACGAGGUGUUUGGCUACUGAUCUGGAAACUGAGAAGAUUUUGUGCAUCGCGCUUCACCCUGGUUGGGUGCGCACUGAUAUGGGCGGACCAACGGCUCCUUUGAGCCCAGAGGAGAGCAUAUCAUCAGUGUUGUCUGUCAUUUCUGGAUUAACGGAGAAACAUCAUGGUUGGAUAUGUGGACUACACUGGAAAAAGCUUACCCUGGUGAUCUCCAUAUUGUCCGAGUGCCAGAUGACCGCUGAGAAGCUAAGACCGGAAGAACAGCCUGCAGUAUAAAUUAUUCAUGUUUC